AUGAUGAGCUCUUUUCCUUAUGUGCUGGAGAUGGCCGGGGCGGAUGCGGGGAGUAAAGAGAUCACGCAGAUGAAGAUAACACCAGCACCAGGGGAUGAUUGUGAUGUUUUAGGGGACGUCGACGAAAUCAAAGAGCUUGCUCCGGCGCAUCCAACUCUGGACCUCGUCGUGAUGUGCAGUAGAGCUAGGUUCCAAGCGCAGCCGCUCCAUAGCGACGGAGACCAUCAAAGGAGGUUACAGCCGAUCUCUCACUUUUCUCGAGUUGUAUUUUUAACCACGAGCUUUUUCGGCACGCCGGCCGGAUUGGGAUUUCCAUUACUGUUGCGUUGGAGGUAGAAAAGAAAUCUUUCAUCGUGGAUACGACUGUCGAUUAUGUUCUUUUUGUCUGAUGGAUUACGAUUAUCAUCUGGAGCAGUGUUGAACUUCUCGUGCUGUCAAACUCAAAUUAACGAUGGGUUUCCUCUGCGGAAAGUCAAAGAAGUUCUUUCUGGACUUCUCCGAUUUUACUCACCUACUUUCUCAAAUAGUAGAAUUGCCCUUCAGAAGAUUAUCCGACUUCUUCGAAAAACAAGAAAGGACGAUGGCCUCAAACUCAAUACCACGCGGCUUGAUGAAGUAGAUCUGCACGACGACCGAACAAGCCCCGCUUUUCUCAUUUGAGCAGCUUGCCCAGAGUAUUGCACUAGAGAAGUUCUUGCGUGUUCUCGAUGUAGACUCAAAUAUAGUUAGAAGAAGA